GCCUGAAGAAAUGUCUUUAGUCAAUUCAACACUCACCAGGGAUUACUAAACUGUUUGACAUGAUGAAGAGGUUUCUGAGAGUUGUCUGGAACUACCACAAACUCCUCAUCAUCAUCCUCACCCCUGUGCUGCUGCUGCCUCUUCCACUGGUCAUCCAAGGAAAGGUGUCAGAAUGUGCGUUCAUACUGUGUGUCAUGGCAGUGUACUGGCUGACAGAAGCCCUGCCACUGGCAGCCACAGCUCUGCUCCCAGCCUUGCUCUUCCCUCUCUUUGGCAUCAUGAAGUCAUCUCAGGUGGCUGGGGUGUACUUCAAAGACUUCCACCUGCUGUUGAUCGGGGUCAUCUGCCUGGCAACGUCUAUAGAGAAGUGGGGUCUCCACCGGAGGAUAGCACUUAGGCUGGUCACUCUGGUCGGUGUCAAUCCUGGAUGGCUGAUGUUGGGCUUCAUGAACAGCUGUGCCUUCCUCUCCAUGUGGGUCCAAAACACAUCCGCCGUUGCCAUGGUGAUGCCCAUCGUUGAGGCGAUCAUUCAGCAAAUCUUGAAUGCAGAGGGAGAAGGUGAGCAGCGGCAGCGAACAAUGACGGGCACCAGCAACCUUGGCCUAGAACUGGAAGAGACUGAGGGACCGUGUGAGAAAAAUGAAGAGCCAAUAAGAACAAAUAAGGAACCAGAUGAAAUGGAGUACAGUAUUCCAGAGGAAGCACCCUCUCAGACCCAUGCGAUUGGGCAAAAGAUAGAGGGGCGCUACCGGAGUAAGAGAGAACACAUGAUGUGCAAGGGGCUGUGCCUAAGCAUCACAUACUCUUCCUCUAUAGGAGGGAUUGCCACCCUUCCUGGGACCUCCCCCAACCUCAUCUUUUCAGAGUACAUCCAUCAGUUUUACCCAGAAUGCACCUCUAUAAACUUUGGAAACUGGAUCGUCUUGUGUCUGCCAAUCAGCAUCAUUGCUUUGCUGUUGUCAUGGAUAUGGCUGCACUGGAUGUUCAUUGGCUCAGACUUCAGGGUGCUGUUCCGUCCUAGUGGAGAGCGCUCUGAGAGCGAGACUGCAACAGCCAGAAUCAUAGAGGAGGACUACAACACGCUGGGUCCUAUGAGUCCACAGGAGGUUGUGACCGCGUUCAUCUUCAUCCUGAUGGUGGUGCUGUGGGUCUUCAGAGACCCUGGAUUUAUGCCAGGCUGGGCCUCAAUCUUCCUCCCUGAAUAUGCGGGCUACAUCAGUGACGCCACCGUGGCCCUACUGCUGGGGCUUGUGUUCUUCAUCAUGCCAGCACACAAGCCUUCUGCAGAUAAACACGGUAUCAAAUAUGAGGCCAUGAUCUCGUGGAAAGAGUUCCAGGCCUGUAUGCCAUGGGAGGUCGCCCUACUUGUUGGUGGGGGCUUUGCACUUGCUGAGGGCACCCAGGUGUCUGGUCUGUCCUCCUGGGUGGCAAACCUGCUAUCUCCUCUGGGGAGCCUCCCCAUCAUAGCAACAGUCACCAUUGCCUGUGUCCUUGUCACCUCAGUCACAGAGCUGGCCAGCAAUGCAGCCACCAUCACCAUCUUCCUCCCUAUCCUUGCCCCUCUGGCCGAAGCUAUCCAUGUGAACCCACUCUACGUAUUGAUACCCACAACCCUCUGCACAUCCUUCGCCUUCCUACUUCCCUCAUCCAACCCUUCCAAUGCCAUUGUGUUUGCCUACGGCCACCUCACCACCACGGACAUGGUGAAGGCGGGGAUUGGUGUGAAUGUAAUCAGUGUCCUUGCAGUAUUAUUGGCUGUGACAACAUGGGGGAUUCCACUGUUUGACUUGGAUACCUACCCUGAUUGGGCACCUACUCCAUCCACGUCAAACAUCACUGGAUGGUGAAAUCAGUCAGGAAAACACUAAAUAAGGGGCCAUAGAGUGUUUGUCUAAUGCUGGGUUCAUGCAUUCUUCAGAAGUUGGACACUGUACUAUCUGACUAGAAAAGUCAAGGUACAACCAUAUUACCACAAUGUUCCCCAAUUUAAUUUCCAACAUGGAAGCUGAUAAGCAAUGUAGUUUUGAGUUCAGGAGCUUUCUAGGAGAAAUCACUACAUCUCCAAUAACUGAUCAUAACAGCGUCACUGUCAGGAAAAUACUUAAAUGGUCAAUAGCAGAAUGUAUCCUUCAGUUGCACUUCUAACCCUCACCUCAAGCUUAGAACCCGGGAGGACGGGUGGGGCUAUGUUAGGAACCAUUCUAAUAGGGAGUUAGGGCUAAAAGUUAAGGAUUCGCCAUGUGCCAAAGUGUUUAAUUUAUUGGACAUGUCACUGAUCCUUUAACACAAUGGCAGGGGAGACCAUUUAUAAAGAAAUCAACUUUGUCAGGAAAUACAUUCAAUAAAUGUAAUUAAUCAA